UUUAAAUUAAUAAUAUUUUCCUCGGCCAGAGAAGGAAGACGAAGUCGCUGCUGCAAGAAAAAAACGCUCUUUUCUAAACUUCUUUCUUCAGCUGAUCGAUCUGUUAGAACAAUUGUGUUUCUUCAAGCGAAGAUUCAAAAAUGUUGGGAGACUUGAUGGCUAGAUUCCUCCUGUUGGUGAUUGGGUAUGCAUAUCCAGCGUUUCAGUGCUACAAAUCGGUGGUGAAGACCCAAAUUGAGGUUCAAGAGCUUCAAUAUUGGUGUAAAUUUUGGAUCAUUGUGGCUAUUUUGACAGUGUUUGAGAGGAUUGCUGACACUUUUAUAGGAUGGGUGCCCAUGUAUGGAGAAUUGAAGCUGGCUCUCUUUAUCGCCUUAUGGUAUCCACAGGACAAGGGAUCAGAGUAUGUGUUCGAGGUGUUGUUGCGGCCAUUGGUAGAUGGGCAUGAAAAAGAUAUAGAACAGAUGCUGGUGGACUUGAGAGCCAAGGCCUGGGAUUUGGCCAUUUUCUAUUGGAACAAUUGUACUGAGUUGAGCCAAUCUGCAGCACUCCGACUCUUUAACUACGUUGCUGCUUCUCGAUUAUCUUCUAAAUCGAAACAUACUUAGAUGUUUAUUGGUCAUCACAUUGUCAUUAAAUUUGUGAUAGGUAGGAAAAGGUAAAUGGAUAAAACGAGAUAUAUUUUAUAUAAUUUGAAGAAAUAAAGAGCUGUCAAAUUUUUA